ACGCAGCCGUCCAGCUGCCGGGAAGGGGGGCCGAGGGGCGGUGAGUAGUGGCCCCGCCCCACCCCGGCGCUUUCUGUCCCCUCCGCCGCGCCGUACGGCCGGGCGCUCCGUCUUCAUCCGCUGCCAACUUUGUACCGCGGGGCGCGGGCGGCACGGCCGCGGCUCUGCCCUCACCUCACCCGGGAGGCGAGGGACCACUCCACAAUGGCCGGGAUCGGCAUCGACCACUCCAAGCUGCCCGGAGUCAAAGAAGUGUGUCGAGACUUUGCUAUUUUGGAAGAUCAUACUUUGGCCCACAACUUACAGGAGCAGGAGAUCGAGCAUCACUUGGCAACAAAUGUUCAGCGUAAUCGUCUCGUGCAACAUGACUUGCGGGUGGCCAAGCAACUGCAAAAAGAAGAAGAUCUGAAAGCACGAGCUCAAAUCCAGAAACACCAAAAAGACUUAGAGCGACAGGACUGCGAGAUUGCUCAGGAAAUCCAAGUGAAGCUUGUGUUUGAAGCGGAACAGCGCCGCAAGCAAGAGGAAAAGGAUGAGGACAUUGCCCGUCUUCUACAGCAGAAAGAACUGCAAGAAGAAAAAAAGCGGAAGAAGCACUACACAGAAUCCCAGGGACACACAGGCUAUGAAGAUAGCUAUUAUGCAGAAAAUGGAGAGCACCCCAGGGGUGAUCCCAGAGAGCAGGUUUCUGAGCCUUGCAGGGCAUGCAGUGGUGACAGGCACACGCGCUUGCAGAGAGAGCACCGAGAAGCACCCCUGCCUUUGUCCAGCAGUGCGGCCAAACACAGGCAUUCCACCUCAGAGGAUCAUCAGUGGUCUGCUCAACUGAGUGAGGCCAGCAGUGGCCAUCGGCAGGAGUGGAAAUCAGCCAGCCAAGGCAGGUCCAGGAGACAUCCUAGCCCUGACCUGGAAGGAGAGGCUGAGCGCAGCACCUAUGACCACAGCAAUAGCUGGGAGCGGCAGGAGAGGAGGGCAGCCAGCAAGAAGAAGGCUUGGAGACCUGUCAGUCUUGACUUGGAGUCAGAUCAUAGACUUGCAGACCAGGCAUGGCACAGCAGAAAGCCAGCAAGGCAAGAGAGAGAAAAGCGCUUUCCUCUUCUUGAGAUGGAACUGGAGGCUGAGCAGGAGACUUGGCACUGGGGCAGCAGCCAGCUGGUGCGCCCUGGAAAACAGAAAUCACGUCACUGGGGCCACUCGUCACACAGGAUGGUGCAUGAUGAGAAGCUUCAUGAUGCUGAAUCUAGAGAUGAUCAUAGGAGGGGUGAGGAGAGAGACUACAAAAGGUCAGGACACAGGAGACUUUCCUCCUCCCCACAUGCUGUGACCCAGGGGAAGGUUGGAUACUGCCAGCAAGACUCAGGCAGUAACUUGAGGGGGAUGAAGCAAGCCAUGUACGAUACACCCCAAAGGGAACAGGAGUUGUCUGAUGCAGAGAUUGCUCGGAAGCUGCAGGAGGAAGAGCUCCUGGCUGAUGAGGCAGAUCAGAAGGCAGCUCAAGUAGCCCAAGAUGAGGAAAUUGCCCGACUCUUGAUGGCUGAGGAGAAAAAGGCUUUCAAGAAAGGGAGGGAGAGAGAAAAGUCUUCCUUUGAAAGGAGGAGGCAUGAUCAAAACUGGAAGCAUGAUGCAAGUGAGUCCACGCGUUCAAGGUCAAAAGAAGGACCUGAAACUCAGCGACACAAAGGUGAAAGAUCUUCAAGGUCACAGCCUCUCCAUGAUGACUUUGAACAUGCUCGGUAUUACACAGGCCAGCCCAGCCCUAUGCGCCAGAUCCCCAGACCUGAGCACUCUCCUAAAGGUUCCCGUAGGAAGCAGUAAACUGUGCUAGCCUUUGCUUUGGUACUGACUCUUCUGUAGCAAACAUUACUGGAAUUGCCAGGCAACUUUCUCGAUUCCUUACCCAGUGGAAGGUCCACCCUCUACUCCCAGGAUGUCCUCUUGAAGUGUCAUCAUAAUAAGGAACUUUGUUUCUAUUUCUUACUCAUAUGUGAUGACUUAAGCAGUGCAGUAUAAUCUAGCCACCACUGAGCUGUGCGCAUCAACUAGCUGACUUAACAGCUCCCUAUUACAUUAUUUUGAGGCUUUCCUUUUAUUUUUAAGCUUUGUCUGGAGCUUUGACAAAUAGAGAUGCAGUUACAACAGGGAGGAAAAUCCAAGAAAUUAAUUUAAUUAUGGUAAUGCACCACAACAUCAGAACUGCAAGUUCUGUCCAUAUUAGGAUGACUUAGCAAAGAGAGUUAUAAGAGGAAAUAUCUUUCUUCCUGUGCUGGAUAAGAUAGCUGAGCCAACCUGACAGUCACGCUUGGAGGAAGACGAGAGCAUCUUCAUAACAUGCAUCAGCAAAAGCCAGAACCUGGGACUGAUAAGGAAGAAAUUGCCUAUGAAAUAAAAUUUUAACUGCUGUAUUUCUUUCUAGGGUUUACAGCAACCUGGGUAGAGUAACUAGGCAUUUAGCUCCAGGGUAUAGGAUAGAACAGUUGAAAGACAAUUUCAGUGGAAGUUAGACUUUGUGUGCAUAACUCUUAAGAUAUACCAGGGAGCUGAUGAAGCUGCAACUUGUGGAUUGGGAAGAAUCAUACAGAUUUAAAUGCCUGAAGGGACCUCUAUGGUCACCUGCUUUGAGCUUUCGUGUGAUAGCCAAGGAAUUUCACUGAAGCCAAGUAGGAACUACUGUAACUCCUAGCUCAGUUGCUGAUGCACUUGUGUACAGUAACUUGUGUUUGAAUCUGCAUAUAUCUUGGAAUCUUAGGGCUGAAGGAGGGCCAUAUGGGCAUUGACACUGAAUCAAAAAUCCACAAUUACAGGCAACUUUGAGCUAGACGUAGAGUGCUGAACAGUCCACACAAUAUCUGUGCUGAAUGCCUCACCUCC